AUGAGGGUCUCCGGUGCGUGGAUGCUGCCCGAGUUCAACCCUCACGCACCUCGUGACUUGGGCAGGCCGGGGUCAGGCCCUGGCUUAGGUGAGGGAAUGUCUGACGGAGAUGUUGAAGCGCCAUGUCGUAACUUGGGACUUGCACCGUACGGACCGACUGAGGCUAAGGACGCCGAAACGGAGGCAGGAGACUGGGGGUUCCUGGAUGCAGAGACAGAGGCGCAAAAGGAUUCAGAGGCGACUGAUGACGAGGAGACGCAGGACGCCAUACCGGAGGUCGCGACGAAGGACGCCGAUGUCGAGUUUGGAAGAGCGGGUGUGGAUAGAGGAGACGCGGAGACAAAUGAUGACACGGCCGAUGUGGCGCCAGAGGACGCAGAGACAGAGGAUGGUAAUGAGGAGGGGGCGUGGGAAGACGCAGAGACCGUUAACAGAAAUGCGGGUGUGGCGCCAGAAGACGCAGAGACCGAAGACGGAAAUGUGGAGGUCGCUAAACGUGAGGCAGAGACCGAGAACGGAAAUGCGGAGGUCGGCAAACAAGACGCAGAGACCGAGCACGGAAUUGUGGAGGUGGCGCCAGAAGACGCAGAUACCGAGGACGGAAAUGCGGAGGUGGCGCCAGAAGCCGCAGAGACAGAGGAGGGAAAGCCAUUUGUGGCGCAGGAAGACGCAGAAACAGAGGACGGGAAUGCGGAAGGACUGGCAGAAGACGCUAUGACAGAGGAGGGAAAGCCGGGGGUGGCGCUGGUAGACGGGAAAGCAAAUGGAGGGAAAGACGCGGCAUGGCGACAUGAACCGGGGUUGACAGGCAAGGGAGGUUCUGUCUCUUCCGCCGACGCCGCCAUAGAGCGACCUAACUUUACAGCACAUGUUAAGGUGGAAGCCGUUCCCACGCCAGCCUCGACUUUGAAGCUGAGCGGGGAACAUGCCAUUGGCGCAGGUGUUGCAAAGCCUUCACAUGAAAACAACUCUGCCUUGAGGGGGGGGGUGGGUCACUCUAGGGAUGUUCCUGACGGUUAUGUAUUCUCGAGUAAUGCCUCCCCGGCUCGAGCCAACCCUGUACCCAGCGGUGCAACCCAGGCCACCCGCUCUGCAUCGAAUGACGCACAACGGGGGCACCCAUGUGCAGGAGGGUCCCGGCCUACUACUUAUGAAGAUGCUCGGCUCUUCAUGCGUUUGUUGGAGCGGCUCUUACCAGCCGAGGAGGUCAAACGUAGUAGGAAGGACUCUGGCGCUGGUUGA